AGCAAGAGACCAGUCGAAGAAAUGCGGCGAUACGCGCGUACUGUUUAAAAUAAAGAAAUACAAACUGCCAGUGCAUUGUUUCAACAGGGAGAUGCUAUGGCUAAGCGAAAAAGAAGCCGUUGCGACAGCGCACACAAACGUUUGAAGAUUUCAGCCAAUGACACAGCAGGCUUGGAAUCUGAGGAAACAGAAGGAAGGAGUAAAAUGUCCUUGAAAGAGGUUCCAGACAUGGUUAAGCAGGAAGCUUUUGCUCUGUUCAAACAGUUUGAUACCAAGUUUGAAGAACUGACUGAAAGAAUUAAGAAAGUGGAGUGCAGCCCCAAACAUGAAAUGCUGGUCACGAAGUUGCAGGCACAAAUAUUCAAAAUAAAGAGGCGGUUGCAAGAGGCUUUGAUUUCUGAGAACAGAGUGGCGAGACCCAUGAAGCCCAAGAUUUCAUCAGUUGUCAUAUUAGAUGAGGUUUGCAGCGGUGAUGGGGAGAAAAUGAUUGAUCUCACAGCAGACGAUAAUGACGACCAACUCGGUGGUCUGCAGCCAGCAGCAGUGAAUGAAAGCAGUGUCAGUGUUGCACAUGUCAGCCUGACGCUCUGCUUACCAGCUAAGGAUCCUAUGAGUCCUACAAGCACUUUGCCUCCACUUCCUGAGACGGCUGUUCCUCUUGAUCUGCCUGCUGUAGCUGCCUCCUUUAAUAUGCCUCAGAAACCUGAGCUGAAAGUGACGAACAUUGAAAACCCCAAAGGAGUGGGCAUACUGUGGGAUUUGUCACAGGUUGACACCAGCGUUGCCUCAAUUCAGAGCUACUGUUUGCAUGUUCUUUACGAGAACGCUAAUGUUAGAAAGCUGCGCUGGAGGAGUAUAGGAGUCAUCAAAGCAAUACAGCUUCCAAUGUGUUGCAGGCUGACUAAGGUCAGCCCUGGAAGGUAUCAUUUUGCAGUUGUUGGAAAGGAUAUUUACGGACGGUUCGGACCCUAUAGUGAUAUACAGUCUACCACAGUCAAUGCUGUUGACGUGUAGGAGUGUUUCAUUAUGUAUUUAUGACGUGGGAGAUACUGAGCAUCCAUGUAAUAGAGUGGCUCUUCCAGUAAUGUCAUUGUGGGCUGUUCACCGCAGUCCUCAGAAGUAACAUAAACGCAGCACUCCAUGUGACUUUGUGUAGAAAAGUCUUGAAACCUGAAUUGGCAACAAGGUUUGAUUGCCAGCGCAGUUCACCCUGGCAUUCUUCUGUUGGAUUUGAAUGCAUGCAAGGUCAAAGUGGGAGUUCGCACUUCAGUAAUGAACAUGAACAAGUUUGAUCUCUUUCAGCGUAUAGUUACAACUUCUUUGUUGCUGAGUCGGAUGAGAUUGGCUUAAUCAUAUGUUAGUUAAACAAGGCGCCUCCUUUUGCAGAAGCUGAUUUUAGGCUGCCUGUUGUGUUCUUAACCAGUCUUGGAGUACCUUUGAUUUGGAGAAUCACAAGCUGCAUUCAGUCGUAGUUUUGCCUGAAUUGAUUGGAGAGGGAGCUGUUUUGUUUUGUUUACCUCUUAAUUAGUUGAAUAAAUUAGGUAAAGAACAUACUGCAUACUUUUGUAUACAUGGAAUGUUUACAACAAGUAAUAAACAAUACACCGGCACAAAUUUGUAUUUUUAUGUAAGGAAUGUGAAGCGUAGAGAUUAUGCCGCGAACUUGUUCCCAGCUGUGUGUUUUUGUUUUUGUUUUUUUAUUUUAUUUAAAGGUACUUGGACACCAGAGUGAAAUUCACAAAGUCUUUUCAAUUAAAACUGUAAUAAUGCAAAAUGCCAAUGACAUUUUGAAGUGCAAGGCUUUGUGAAUGACUCCUGAGAUGUUUGAGGGAAAGUGUAACAAUGCAGGUGACUUGUAUGUUUACACAUUUUUGUUACACAGUUUAAAUUGUGAAGUGUUGGUCUGUAAAGGUGUUUUGUUUUU